AUGCAUGGGAACGGUCCCAGGUUUGAUGCCUCAUCAAUUGCAACGUCCCAAUGGACUGAUGCCACCUCAAAUGCAGCCACCUCGUCAACAUGGAAUGCUGCCAGUACAACAGUCUCACCACAGUUCUCACAACUACAUGCACAGAUGAUUGCUCCCCAUCAUUCCCCACCACAAAGCAUGCAGAUGUUUGGUCCUCAGCAUCCUUCACAAGUGAUGAGUAGAUUUGAUGCAAAUUUUGCUAUGCCUGACUUGAGUGAUCCAAGAGCAAGAUCAAUGUUGCAACAUGGAAGGCUGGGACAGCGAUAUCCUCACCAAGGUUAUGAGCUCAAUAAUAUUAGGAUGGAUAAUGGAUGGCCACGGUUCAGAUCCAAGUACAUGUCUACUGAAGAAAUCGAGAACAUUGCAAGGAUGCAGCAAGCUGCCACACACAUCAAUGACCCAUAUAUUGAUGAUUACUACCAUCAAGCUUGUUUAGCAAAAAAAUCAGCAGGUGCUCAACUAAAGCACCACUUGUGUCCAACCUUGAUUAGAGAUCCAUCUUCGCGUGCACGCCGUAAGGAUGAGCCACAUGCGUAUCUACAGGUUGAUGCUCUUGGGAGGCUUCCAUUUUCUUCGAUCCGUAGGCCUCGUCCGCUUCUUGAUGUUGAACAAGCCUCUGCACCAAGUGAUAAUGCUGAAAAAUCUGUGUCAAAGCCUCUUGACCAAGAGCCCAUGCUUGCUGCUAGGAUCACAAUUGAAGACGGACUUUGCCUACUGCUUGAUGUUGAUGAUAUUGAUCGUCUGCUGCAAUUUAGCCAGCAGCAAGAUGGUGGUUUGCAACUGAGAAACAGAAGACAGGGACUCCUCGAGCAGCUUGCAGAAUCACUGCAGUUAGUUGAUCCCCUUGCACCAAAUAAGAAUUCACCUCUGUCUCCAUAUGAUGAUUUGGUGUUUCUUCGCAUAGUCACUCUACCAAAGGGCCGGAAACUACUUUCCCGUUACCUUGAACUUGUGACAUCAGGCAGUGAGCUUGCAAGGAUAGUUUGCAUGGCAGUCUUCCGGCAUCUAAGAUCCAUAUUUGGAAAUAUGCCCUCUGAUAUCAGUGCAGCGGAGACAAUGACUAGACUUGCAAGAGCUGUAUCCACACGUAUUGUUCGGAUGGAGUUGAGUGAUCUCAGUGCUUGCCUUGCUGCUAUUGUGUGUUCAUCAUUGCAACCACCUCUUUGA